AUUUUUACGGGUUAAAAUGUGAAGAAUCAAGUGGAGCCGGACAGUGUGGCCUCACCGGAAUAGCUGAUCCUACGGUUCAAAGCGAGAAAUUGGGAAAUUAUUACAACAGUGGGACCAGUCAGGCGAAUUAUUUACCCAAUGUCGAACUGUAUACCUGCCUAUGGUUUGGAAGCCUCGGCAAUGCAGAUUUUGUGAUACAAUAUGCGAUAUCUGCUGUUGAGGCGGGUUUUACCAACAACUUUGUGUCU